GGAUUUUUAAGUGAAAAUUAACCUUUUUAAGGUUUGUUUUGUUAAAUUUCUUGAUCGUGUAUGUGCUUCACGAGGGAAGCGGAAGAAACUGGAGCUGACUCUGAAUGUUAGAAAUUCGUCAUCUCCAGAAGUAUCCUUUCCCAUCCCUCCUUCGUCGAUUUUAUCUCUAUCCUUUUCACACAUAAACAUCGAAACCUUCUUGUUUGGAUUCACACUUUUUUUUGGGCUUUCUUCAUUUACUUUCCGUACGACAUCAACUGGGUGAUAUUGAUUGCUUCACCUCCUCCUCCAAGCGGUUCUGGUAUUAAGAGCACCAGGAAGAAGACGUUGGGUUUUGACUUCAUGGCGGUGCCGGUGGCAUUGAUAGUGUAUUCCUUUUGUGUGCUUCCUGUUUGCGUAUUGGCGGCGAAACAAUCUAACCCAAAAGAGACGCAGAAGCUGAGGUUCGGUGAGAAUGGAGAGUUCAAGAUAUUGCAGGUGGCAGAUAUGCACUAUGCAAAUGGCGAGAGUACACUUUGCUUGGAUGUGCUUCCUUCUCAGAAUGCUUCCUGCUCCGACCUUAAUACCACUGCCUUUAUUCAGAGAAUGAUCCUUGCCGAGAAGCCCAAUCUCAUCGUAUUUACUGGGGAUAACAUCUUUGGGUAUGAUUCCUCGGAUUCGGCAAAAUCAUUGGAUGCUGCAUUUGCUCCAGCAAUUGCAUCCAACAUUCCUUGGGUAGCUGUUUUGGGAAAUCAUGAUCAGGAAGGAAUCCUCUCUAGGGAAGGGGUGAUGAAACAUAUUGUGGGGUUGAAGAACACUCUUUCUAAACUCAAUCCUUUAGAAGUACACAUCAUUGAUGGUUUUGGGAACUAUAACCUGGAGGUCAAAGGAGUUGAGGGAACUGAACUUGCAAACAAAUCAGUUCUCAAUCUCUACUUUCUUGAUAGUGGUGAUUACUCCACUUCCCCUUCCAUUCCUGGCUAUGGUUGGAUCAAGCCCUCCCAGCAAUUUUGGUUCCAACGAACAUCUGCAAGACUUCGGAGAGCCUACAUGCACGAACCAAUGCCUCAGAAAGCGCCUGCUCCCGGUCUUGCAUACUUUCACAUCCCAUUACCAGAAUAUGCUUUUUUUGACUCAUCAAACUACACAGGUGUAAGACAGGAAGGCAUUAGCUCGGCUUCCGUGAACUCUGGUUUCUUUACAACGCUAGUCGAAGCUGGAGAUGUGAAGGCAGUUUUCACUGGCCAUGAUCACAUUAAUGACUUCUGUGGCAAGCUAACAGGUAUACAUCUUUGUUAUGGUGGGGGAUUUGGAUAUCAUGCUUAUGGAAAGGCUGGGUGGUCUAGGAGAGCAAGAGUGGUCGUAGCUAGCUUGGAGAAAACAGUGAAGGGAACUUGGGGAGAUGUCAAGUCAAUUAAAACGUGGAAACGCCUUGAUGAUAAACAUCUUACUGGCAUUGAUGGUCAGGUCCUGUGGAGCAAGAGCUUUCAUGGUACGCCAUCCUUGGAAUAGUAGGAAAAAUUGAAAUGUUGGCUCUUCAGAAUUCGAAAGUGAAGCAGACUAAUGGGAGCUUGAGUAGAAAGAUGUCCUGAGCUGUCAUAUGAUAAAUGUUAUCCAUAGGUCCUGUUUGGUAUACGUAUUAUGACGCAGCAACAGAAGGUGAUAAAGAAUAAAGCAAAGAGUUGGCUCAUUAAUUUGGGGCCAAAAAAGGGAUUUCUGCUAUGAUGUUAUGCAAUUACCUUUUUGUAGAAUAUCGUCUGUUAAUCUAAGUUUUGAAAUAUAUGCUGUAGCGGAUUUUGAUACAUUGAUGCUAGAGUUACGUAAUAGAUACACUCAUUUUAUAAUAA